GAAAAAAUCAAAGAGAGCUCUGAAUUGUGAUCGCGAAAGAGAAGAGAGGCAAAGAUCAGAAUCACUGUUUGGGUUGGUGGACGGAUUUGAACCGAGAACUAAGUCAUUGGGAUUGCGGAAGCGUUUCGGGGGAUUUUAGUAUUUUACACAAGCUUAUAGUAUUUGCGUUUGGGUUUUCGUCUGCAUCACCAAGGGAUCGAAACUCUUGGUUAGACUAGAGUUCUUGGAAGAUGUUGCCUGUAUACAGAUACAUGGACUCACAUCCCCACCAGGGAAACCAAAUGCCUUUCCCUCAAAACCAUUGUCCAACCUGUCCAGCUGUACCUCCUCAAAUGGGUUAUGAAUGGAGGCCUUAUAGUGGAAAUUUUGGGCACCCAAUGCCGGUUGAGUGUCAUGCCUGCUACAACCAUAGUUGCUUCCCUGGUUACUAUAGUUUCCCACCUUACCAUCAGCUGGCACCACCAAUGCCAUUUCAUUGGCAUGGGUGCCGUCCCAUGUACCCGGAGCCAUACCCUGUUCAUCAUGCCCCUGCUCCUUAUUAUUCCAUGGAGCAGCCUAGACCUGAAUAUGAGAAGAAUGAUUCAGGAAAUCAUCAUUGUUGCGGGCUCCCUAAUCAUGGGUUUAAUCGGAAGGGAGGUAACAAUGUUAAGAUUGAAGAACACGAGGUAGAUGAUGGAAAGAAGGAGAGGGAAUCCUUGGUUCCAGCUGGGUUGAAAGAUUGCCCAUAUCCAAUUGUGUGGUUUCCACCUGUGUACAUGAAGAAUGGGGAGAAUAGAGCACCAGUCGAUCCAGAUACGAAGGAGCAGAGUGAGAAUCGCCAGGAAGCACAUGAUGCAACGUCACCAAAGAGUUUCAACAAAUCUAUUGAGUGGGAACCUGGCGUUUGGAACAGGUGGUUUCCACCUGAUUCAAACGGCUUCAGAUCUUUGAAGCAGGGUGGAGAAGGGAAGAGAAAUCAGCAAAGUGAAGACAAGAAUGCUCGUUUCCCAUUUCCUAUAAUUUGGAUGCCUCCUUUUGAAAAAACAGAGGAAGGUGAGGGGAAGGAGCACAAGCCGAACAACUCUGCUUCUAAGCCUGCGGAAGAGCCAAGUUUGAAUUUCAAGAUUAUUCCAGUGAAGCUCCCAGAAGUUGGUGAUGGUGGAAACAAACCUAGAGCAACUGAAGAAGAUUCUGGAGGCCAUGGUGGCUUGAAGAUCAUGGAGAAAAAUGGUAAUCAAAACAAUAUUCCUGGGAAGGAAAGAGAAGCACAUGGGGAAGAGAAUACCUCAGAAAACUUUGUGGGGAAGUGGGAAGGCAAUGCCACUAAACAUGGAGAAGAUGGUGGAAAGAAGAAACCUUCAGACAGUGCUAAAAGUCAGUCUCCGUCCUCCCCAAGGAUGGCCAAGUUACCUCCUGUUUGUCUGAGAGUAGAUCCCUUGCCUAAGAAGAAGAAUGGGAAUGGCAGUUCGAGGUCCCCUAGUCCUCCUGGUCAGAGAGGGAAAUCACAAGAGACAUCAAAUGACACUAUAAAGGCUUCUUCUCCUUCAGAAGGAUUGAAAGGCUCUCAGGAGACUACCAUUAACAAGAGCCACAGACUGGAGCCAAACAAAAAGGAGAUAAAAGUUGUUAAGGUAGUAGAUCAGACAGCUGAACAAAAUGUUGACAACAUUUCUAACUGUGGGUCUCAGAAUCAGAUUCCGACUCAUUCACAGUCUCCUGUGAACUUGCCAAUUGAUCCUCGCACAGAGGUGUCUGAUGACUUAACUGCAGAAAAACCUGGGGUAGCUGGCGGUGAGUAUCAAGCUAAAAAGGAUGGGGAAAGAAAUGCUGAAGGUAAGAUAUCUGAGGAGGCAAUUGAAGAGCAGAAGGCAAUGGAUAAAAUCCAAUCAGAUGAUCGUAAAUGCAAGAUAGGAGAAGAUAAAGCGGCGAGUGAGGUGGAAGAGAAAAAAUCUGAUGAAGCACCCAAAGCAGAGAAAAAUAACUUGUCUGAUUCAGAAGCUGCAGUGAUCAUCCAGUCUGCCUAUCGUGGAUUUGAAGUGAGGAAAUGGGAGCCAUUGAAGAAAUUGAAGCAACUGGCUAAAGUUCGUGAAGAAGCAGAUGAGAUCAGGAAUCGCAUUCAGGCCCUGGAGUCUCUCUCUGAUCUUCAGAGAGACAAUAGACAAAGAGUGAUAAUUGGAGAAACCAUAAUGAGCCUCCUGCUAAAAUUGGAUGCCAUUCAGGGCUUGCACCCAAAUCUCAGGAAUUUCAGAAAAUCUUUGGCAAGGGAGCUUGUAAGCCUGCAAGAGAAGCUUGAUUCUCUAAUGAACCAGAAGCCUGAAGUGUCUGUUGUUGAGGAGUCAACUGCCAAGUCUGUGGAGAACUUGACAAAUGAUGUAUGCAUGGCAGGUGGGAAAGAUGAGGAGAAAGACAAGGAGGCAACAGAAAGUCUUCAGGAUAACUCUUCAGAAGACAACUCUGAUAAAACUUCCAAUUUUACAGAGCCAUCUCAGAGUCCACCGGAGGCAGAUGCAUCAGUUGAAUCCCAAGGUGAGGACACUACAGAACCCACGUCUUUUGAGGAGGAACUCCAAGUUAAAUCAGAAAAUGACACCAUUGGAGUACAAGAGAAAAGUGUAGAGCCUCAUGCAGCAGACAUGGGGCCUGUGUUGGAAGAAUCAAAAGAUGAGCAAGGCAAUGGAGACCUGGAUGUUAGCCAGGUGGCCACGAGUGAGCCUAAUUCUGGUUCUGGCCUAGAGGGAACUGUUGAGCUUCCAUUGGUCACUGAGAAGAGUAACCAUGAAACGGGAUUUGUUGAAUGCCCUUUGGGAGACGCAAUUUAUGACUCAAAUGCAGCAAACAAAAUUGAGGUGGCUAAAGUUGACGACACAACACCACCCAUCAAUGAAGGUCAUCUGGAAAUGAAUGAGGGUGCAGAACUGCCACAAGGGGUAAUUGAAGAGGAGGCUGCCACGAAUGCUGUUCCUGAGUCGGAGAAGGAUGGAAAUAUUGAAGCAGAAGAGGAUACGGUCCAAGAGGGUGACCAAGUUGGCUGUGUCAAGACAACUGAUGUCACCAUGGCAGACCAUGAAACUCCAGACAUGAAUGAACCAGAACAACAUCCGAUUAAUGAAAAUCCAGAAACUCAUGAGCUUGAAGCAGUACUUCAACAUGGAACAGAAGGGGAGCCAGCCAUACGUGCUGUUUCUGAGUCCGAGAAUGAUGAAAAGAUGGAAGCAGAGGAAGCUAAAAUUUCAGAGGGUAGUCAAGCUGAAUGUGAUGAGACAAUCGACAUCACCUCACGAGAUGAUGAAGCUCCAGAUAUGAACCAAUUAGAAGAGCACUCAAUGGAAGCAGAAACCAAAGAUUUAGCCACGGCUGAAUUGCAGAAAGAGGAAGUUUCAGAGACCAAGGAGCCCCAACCAAUGGUCUCCUUUGUGGAGAAAGAACCUUGCCACGAAGAAGACAAGGAAGACCAGGGAGCCAUUAACGUUGAUGACACGAACUCUCCUGGUGCUGACUCUGCAGUGGUUGAUUCCCAUAAGAAGGAAGUGCCCAUUGAAGAAACCAAAGAAGAGUCCCUGGAGGGGAAGUUUGAACCCCAGGAGGUGGAAUCUGUCAUUAGCGACAGUCCUAAAGGAUCUGAAACUGCCAGAGAAGAGGCUCCUGGAACACAGAGUGAUGAAGAGGCCACUGGCAAUCAGGUUGUGAUCCAAGACACAGGGAAGACUCCCGAUGAAAAGCUAAUAGAAGAAAACAAGAAACUGAGGGAGAUGAUGGAGCAGCUGAUCAAUGCGGGGAAGGAGCAAUUAACAGUUAUAUCAAACUUAACCGGGAGAGUGAAUGAUUUGGAAAGAAAGUUGUCGAGGAAGAAGAAACUGAGAACCAGAAGGCAUAGAGCAGCAGCACCUAGUCCAAUCUCAGUCGAACCAUGAAAAUACUCUACAAUUUUAAGUGUGUGACUGUAGCAAUGCAACUCUUUUUGGGCUAAAAUUGCAUCUCUAUUUCCUUUUUCUCCUAUAAGAGGGUUGUAGAUUGCUUAAUGUAUGGGGUUGACCGUAGAGUUCUACUGUGUUUGAAACUCUCUUUGGUGAUAAUAAAUUGUUAUUAAAGUUAAACUUGA